GAGUGAAAUUAAGGAUAGCGGGGUCCGCACUCCACGCUCCUUUACAAAAUGAUGUCAUCUCACGACUUCAUCAACAUUUCUACAUUUCAUUAGUUUACUCUGCAAGACACUUGUAAGCUACCCCAAAGACAAAACCCAUUUUCAGACACCUUCUGCUCUAAAUAAGACCAUCCUUCGACACCACUUUUAUCCAAACCAACAAUUUUUUCGAUUCCAUCAAUCAAAUUUUACAAGUAUUCUGUCGAUCAGUUCUUGUUUCAAAGUAUUCUGAUUCUCCUUAUCAGCUCAAUUCUCUCUUAAAAUUUUCUUAUGAAUUUCAUUUUCAUAAAAUUAUCAGAUAUGGAAGAAGACUUUAUAGAAUCAGAGGUUCUUUGGCCUGAUGAUACUCAAAAGGAAAAUGAAAACGAAAACGAAAAUAAAGUUAAAGGGGUGAAAAAGAAAAAUAAAGUGUCUCCACUUCCUUCUUCUGAUGAUGAUUAUUAUUGGCGAUUAGAGAAAAUUCCCAUGAAGAAAAACAAGACAACUACUGCUUCUAUGCCUUUGGAUAUUAUUCCGGUCAAGGUUACCGGUGAUUCAAGAAUCCAGGAUGAUAUUUACAAGACCAAGGAUGAUGACGACGGGAAAAGAGGAGAAGAAAUGGUGCCACCACAUCUAAUGAUGAUUCGUAAAAGGAAUUACCUAAAUAAUCAAAUGGCAUUUUCUGUUUGUUAUGGAAAUGGAAGAACACUUAAAGGAAGAGAUUUAUGUCGAGUCAGGAAUUCUGUUCUUCGGAUGACUGGAUUUCUUGAAACUUGCUGAUUUCAUCAGUUCUCCGUCAAUCGGAUAUAUCGUAUCAUAUCGAUGUCGUUGUUCUUUUUUAUCGAAUCACCGUCGUCGUCACCAGAUUAAUUUCAUUUCUUUUUUAACUAGAAAAAAAAUAUAAAAAUUAUUUAUAUAGAAAAAGUUUUUUUUUUUUAAUUAA